AGUAUUGAAAGAAUAUCACAAUGGACCUAGUGGAGGGCACCUUGGAAUAACAAAAACUAUAGAGAAGAUUAAACAACGGUUCUACUGGAUCGGUUGUCGAGAUUCCAUAGCAGAAUGGAUAAGUAAUUGCGUAGAGUGCAUGGCAGCUAAAGGUCCUAAAGCCAAAAGUCGCGGUAGGCUACAACAGUACAACGUGGGAUCACCAUUUGAACGAGUCGCAAUGGAUGUUGCAGGUCCGUUCCCAACCAGUACGGCCGGUAACAAAUAUCUACUGGUUGUCAUGGACUAUUUCAGUAAAUGGCCAGAAGUAUAUGCCUUACCAAACCAGGAAGCGAAGACCGUAGCCGAAGCGUUUGUAGAAAAUUGGAUAACAAGGUUCGGAGUGCCCGUCGAAUUACACUCAGAUCAAGGCAGGAAUUUCGAAUCUUCCAUUUUCCAAGAAGUCUGUACAUUAUUGGGCAUCCACAAGACACGGACAACAGCGUUACACCCACAAUCAGAUGGGAUGGUAGAGAGAUUCAACCGAACGCUCGAAGAACAUCUGCGGAAAAUCGUUGAUAAAGACCAACGGAAUUGGGACAAGUGCAUCCAGAUGUUCCUGCUGGCGUAUCGUUCAGCGAAGCACGAGACAACUGGUUACACGCCAGCAAAGAUUAUUUUCGGAUCUGAUCUGCGACUCCCUGCUGAUCUUAAGUUUGGUACGAAUCCUACAGCUGUAAGAAAUGAUGGAGAUUAUUGUUCUGCCUUAAAGGAAGAAAUGAAUGAAUUGCAUCUAAUGGUAAGACAGCAUACGCAUCUGAUGAGCAAUAAGAUGAAGGACCGGUUCGAUCAAGCGGCAAAUUCAAAAGGUUUUGAAGAAGGUGAUCUGGUCCUGUUGUACAAUCCACUUCGAAAGAAAGGCUUGUCCCCGAAAUUGCAGACAGCCUGGGAAGGACCCUAUAUGGUGAUGAAACGACUUAAUGACGUGGUAUACCGCAUACAAAGAAAUGGGAAAGCACGAUGUAAAAUGAAAGUAGUACAUUUGGAGAGGCUCGCCCCAUUUGGUUCAAGAGGAUUUGUGCCUAAUCGGGACGAUUAGGCUUUAGUGGAGGGCAGUGUUACAAAAAGUAGUAUUAAGUUGUAUUUGUAUUACUAUAUGCAUCCCUGAUUAUGAACAAUAGCUGUAGGUAUAUGGAAUAGCAUUUGUCUUGUUGUAGACAUCUGGCGCCACGGCUGUCUGCUUGUCUAGUUAAACAAUUGCUGAGUCUGGCGCCGCGACUGUCUGCUUGCGUCUGGCGCCGUAUAGCCGUAUGUUCUGGUAAUUUCCAGACGCGAUAUUCUAGAAGGACACGUCGGCAUCAGCGAGAAGUGCGUGGCUAUAUAAGCCGUGGCAGCGCCAGCGUAAACUGCUAUAGUGUAGACGAGUUGUGAAAUAAAGAGUUGUUGAAUUAAAUUAAACAGUGUUGAUUUUAUUUGUCAAUCCAGAGAUACGAACCUAACAAAGUAAACUAGCAAGAGUAAAUUCGUAACAAUAUGUUAUUUUGAACAUGUACUUUAUUUUUAUAACAUAACACAAUCGUUUUAAUAUUCGAUCUUUUAAAUUUCAUAUUAGCGAAAUGAAAAUGCCGUCGGCAUACAUAUGUGUAAAUGGGAUAUGUUGCCUCUUCGAAAUUUUCAUAGAAAUGAAAACUGCGGUGUCAAACUGCUGAAGUGACAGCUUAUUGCUUACAAUAUAUCUUAAACUAAUUAGUUUGCCAUAUAUUGUAAGAAAUAAGCAAUAUGGAGUCUCCACAGGCAAUAGGCAGGGAAAACAAGUUAGUAAGACAUAGAUUUUUUCCUGUCGAGACAGGAGACCGCUUAGUACAAGCGGUCUCGACACGCAAAAAAUUAUGGUCUACUAAUGCAAGGCAUACACGCACCAAUUAUUGUACCAAUUUCAUCGAAUUGUACAACUGAUUGUUACGUAUAUGGUGCAGUUGUAUGAGUUGUACCAACCGAUUGGAUGAAUA